GACUCGCGAGAGGCAGCAGAAGCUCAUUUCUCUCGACUUCUUGCUCGCUACAACAAGCUCAAAGUAGUUCCCGGUCACUGGAAGGAUAUCGAGUCGUUGAUGCAGCGCAUGCUUCAACUAUCGGACCGGUACUCCGCCUACUCCUCUGUUAUGCUUCCGCCAAAAAGUCUCCGCCGAAUGUUUGAAAGUGACUACGGUAUCAAUAAUGUUGUAAACCAAGCAGUAAUCCCUAAAUCUUCCGUUCAGACCUGCUCUCAGUUUAUACCUCCCAAGACGAUGAAGGACGCGUCUAUAAUGCCACGGCAAAUGUUGAGUCCAGACAGUGGCGUACCACAGACUCCCUUGGGCAGCAGUGGAAGCAGUGGAGUCAGUUGCUAUAGCACUGCUGGUCCUCGAAAUAAUUUCAUACGCCAGAAGUCCAUCGCAACCGCUGCAGCAGCCUCCAACGAGGUCCCUACAGACUCGCAAAGAAAGCACUCGGACAGCGGUUUUUGGGCCACUGACACCUGCUCUGCCGUUGUGCCAUCACCUUCGCCUUUCAAGGGUGAUCUCGCUCCCUCCUCCUCCGACACCACUACUAAUACUGAUGAACUUGAUGUCGAUAAUAACAUAAGCCGACCCUCAAAGAUGCUUCCUGACGAGGUGAUGUCGCUUGAAGCGGAUAUUCUUCGUCUUCGUAAGGGCAUCGCUAGACUCACCUCCACCGCUUCCGUGUCUGCUCCCCGGUGCUGCGAAAGUGGUGCCGGGUCGGGUUCAUCCAAUUCUACGUAUUUGGGAAACCCUCCAAGGCUCCUUCCUUACGUCUCUUCCAGAAAAAAGUUGCAGCGGCCGCUGAAUAGCGUAAAUGCAAGCACAUCCAGUCGGGUGUCCAAGAGCUCGGGUCAUUCCUCUGCAAGCAUGAGACAACCACGUCUUCCAACCUCAUCCAGUUCCUCGGACGAAGACGCCGCCUACUCCACCUUCAAUCGACCACGCUAUCCGUCUAGAAGUCGACAUCGUGUAGCUGCUGUCAACAACAGUAAUGACGCAGGUCCGACACUGGAAGUAAUCGGUUCUUCCCUGACUCCUCAGCAGCGUACUUCGAUGACUGGUCAAACAAGGACUUACUACCACACCUCCUCCAGGCCACACUUCCAGUCCAGCCGCAAUGAGAACUGCGGCCACCGUCGUACGGACGCACCCAUUCAUCGUAGAAGUCACAGUUCCACGGGUCAGAGGGUCUUCUAUCACCCGUGUAGCAGUUGUGGAGGCAGUGGCUACAACCUCAAUACAAUAGGUCGCUUUGAUAAUGAGGCUUUCGAUUCUUCGAUACAUUCUCGUAACAUAAGGUUCGUAAGUUCAUUAAGUACUGCUCGGAUUCGCUGUUAA